AUGAAUCUUGUGUUUAUUAUACUAUGUGUCUUGAGUACGUCACACGUUACCUAUGGCUACACGGACAACAAAGUGAGGAGAUUCAAAGACGGCUUCAUGUUUGGUGUUGCGACAUCGGCUUACCAAAUCGAAGGUGCUUGGAAUGAAGAUGGUAAAUCGGAGAGCGUAUGGGAUCGAUACACGCACGCGCAUCCCGAGGAUAUAGCAGAUAGAAUAAACGGUGAUGUGGCUUGCGACUCUUACCAUAGAUACAAGCGCGACGUGCAGAUGCUGAGGGAACUAGGAGUUGACCAUUACAGGUUCUCCGUAGCUUGGACGAGGAUACUGCCGACCGGGUUCAAGGACGAAAUAAACGAAGAGGGUCUGCGAUAUUACGAGAAUUUGAUUGACGAACUCUUAAAAUACAAUAUCCAACCUAUGGUAACGUUAUACCAUUUCGAUAUGCCCCAGAGUCUCCAAGAUUUGGGAGGUUGGACCAACCCGCUGAUCGUAAAUUGGUUCGAAGAUUACGCCAGAGUGUUGUUCGAUAGAUUUGCGUCCAAAGUCAAAUAUUGGAUCACGAUAAACCAACCCAGCUCUGUGUGCGUAGACGGGUUUGGAGACCCCGCUCUUAAUGUCAAAGAGAAUGGCGACUACACAUGUGUCAAAUAUAUUCUGCUGGCACACGCCAAAGUCUAUAGAUUGUACGAAAACCAAUUCAAGUCUAAGCAUAAAGGUUCAGUUGGUAUAUCCCUUGACAUAAACUGGAUCGACCCUUACAAUAAGACCACUGAAAACGAUGAAGCUGCCGAAAGGGCUAGGAGUUUCAAGAUUGGUCUAUACAUGAAUCCCAUAUGGUCGAAACACGGGGAUUUCCCCGACAAAGUGAAGAGUAUAAUCGCGAAGAAAAGCGAGAAGCAAGGACUGGAACAAUCUAGAUUACCCUCUCUGAGCGCCGACGAAAUCAAACUGCUGAAAGGAUCGGCCGAUUUCUUAGGCAUGAAUCAUUACACGACGUUUCUCGCGACACCGGCCAGAGACGAACAUAAGUCACCGUCGUUCGCUGAUGAUCUCGGAGUGCACCUCACGCAUGGGGCCGAGUGGAUAGCCUCCAAAUCACCGUGGCUAAAGAACGCCCCGUACGGGAUCUACAAGGCCUGCGUGAAUAUUAACCAGGAAUACGACUACCCGCCCGUGUUCAUUACCGAGCACGGCUGGUCCACGGGCCCGGGGCGGAGGGACACGCGCCGCGUCGCCGUGCUGAGGGCCUACUUGGCGGCGCUACUGCUGGCCGUGGAGGAUGGUACUGAGCUCAAGGGAUACACGGCCUGGAGCCUCAUGGAUAACGUGGAGUGGCGGGCUGGGACGAGCGAACGUUUCGGCUUGUACGAAGUGGAUUUCGAUUCCGCGAACAGAACGCGUCUGGUGCGGACCUCGGGCUUGGUGUACAAGCACAUCAUCGAGUCGCGGGACCCCGGGGACGGCUGGAUGCCCUCCACUUAUAGGAUCACCGCUAGCGAUCGACUGCAAAAACGUGAAAUUCGGGAGGAACUUUAA